UCUCUCUCACCACCACGGCCGCCGCCGCCGCCGUCGCCACCACCCCGCGGACCCGCCGGCCUCUCUCUCUCUCUCUCUCUCUAGUAGAAAUUGGAGAAGCAACCAUCUUGGUUUCUCCAAGUCCUAAAAUCAUGCCCUCCAACGCCCCUCAAUCCUCCGUCCUCCUCCACCGGAUCAACCCGAGCCCUGCCCCGGCCGCGGCCGCUGCCAUGACGGCUACCACGUGCCGCGACUACCCCACGAAGCGCACGCCCCUCCUCGCGUGCCCCGUCCCCGAGGCGGCCGCCCUCUACCACACCUACGCCGUCGGCCCCAACCAGUGCUGCUCUGCCAUGGUGCAGCGCAUCGACGCCCCCGUCUCCACCGUCUGGUCCUUCGUCCGCCGCUUCGACAACCCCCAGGCCUACAAGCACUUCGUCAAGAGCUGCCACCUCCUCGCCGGCGGCGGCGACGUGGGGACCCUCCGCGAGAUCCGCGUCGUCUCCGGCCUUCCCGCCUCCAACAGCACCGAGCGCCUCGAGAUCCUCGACGACGAGCGCCACGUCAUCAGCUUCAGCGUGGUCGGCGGCGACCACCGCCUCGCCAACUACAGGUCCGUCACCACGAUCCACCCCUCCGGCGACGGGGAGGGGGAGGGCACCGUCGUCGUCGAGUCGUACGUCGUCGACGUCCCUCCGGGCAACACCAAGGAAGAGACCUGCGUCUUCGCGGACACCAUCGUCCGCUGCAACCUCCAGUCCCUCUCUCAGAUCUCACAAAACUUGUCCAGAAACAUCAACGACGACAACCACAUCAACAACAAACCCUUCUCCCCGUGAGCGGUCGGAUUUUUACCAUGUCUGUUCUUGAUUUUUUUUGCACUUUUUGACCUUUUCCUUAUCUCUCUCUCUCUCUCUCUCUCUUUAUUUAUUAUUUAGUUAUUACAAAUGUAUUCUUCUUCGAUGUUCUGGACUCUCAGUUGCCCCGUCGCCGAUCAAGAAACCUUUCACUCCACUCCACAUCUGGUUAUAUUAUUACUCAUAUUACUCGCUUUUGGUCCUUUAGGGUUUUGUCUGUUCUUGAUCUGAAUCAUUUUUUCC